AUUGAGAGCGGGUUUAUGGACAAGUAUCUUCCCGUCCAAAUAGAUGGCGAACAAGUCACAACUUUUCACCUUCUCGCCGACGAUGUAGCGCUAAAUUUGGUUCUCGGAUUGGCAUGGGGGACCCCUUAGGCUUUUCAGCAAUUACCAGUGGCGUUUUAUUGCUCCGGUCUUCACUAGAUAUUCAUUUCUAGAGCAGCUUCACGACAUGUGCCCGUUGCCUUUCAUUGGCUAUAAUGAUACCCAAGACGGCGAAAGUUCCGCUCAUGCCCGCAAAGCGUGCAUUCACCGCAACCAUAUCAAAGAUUUUCAACUGAACGAAGACUUUACCGUGGCCGUUAAAGAAAUCGACGUUAGAGACGUAUCGGAUAAGACUUAUAGAGCCGCAAUAGGGGCUCUAGAGCUGGCGAGAUGGGUAGAGGAAGACCACCUAGUCAAGUUUAUUGUGGGAUUUAAGACUCCUGAGAGGCAUUAUCUAAUAUUCCAAUGGGCUGAUGGAGGAAACCUGUUUCAGAUCUGGAAAAGCUCUCAGCGCUGCAGCAAUCAAUUGAUUCAUUGGGCUAUCGAACAAAUGGAGAGCAUUGCAAGAGGCCUAGAAAAGCUACAUAAUUUCGACCCCUCGGGGAUCUUCUACCACGGAGAUUUAAAGCCUGAAAAUGUGUUUGUCUCAACGAGACCGGGUCAUUUAGGAGACCUACAGAUUGCUGAUAUGGGGUCUGCUCGAGCCUACCUGACUCGGAUGGGCCUCGGAGAGGCCGAGACAAUGCCGUUUGCCGGCACGAUUCGGUAUCGGCCCCCUGAGAUGAAGAACAGCCACGCUGAUGGGAAUCCACGAGGGCACGACAUUUGGUCUAUGGGUUGUAUGAUACUAGAGUUUAUUAUCUGGAUUCUCUAUGGGCCGGACGGGCUGGAAAUAUUUAACGGAUCCUUCGAUAACGCCGCUCGACCGUUCUUUGGUGUUGACCGAGGGCAUGGUCCCUUGCAACACAACGUCAGCAAUUGGAUUAGGCAUCUGCGGGAAACUUGUUUUGGCGACGACUGCGCUAGUCGAGCGUUGAGGGAUCUUCUUGAUUUCGUCCACACCAAGAUCCUAGUCGAAGACGACGGGAUAGAAAACAAUAAGCAAUUGGCUAAUACCAGAAGGCAAAACAGUUUGAGUCCCCCACGUCUUCUAAGCACACCAACAACAACGCGGAAAAACUUACGAUUGCGCCAACGGAGAGCCGAUAUUUCAGACUUGAAUGAGGCAUUUGAACAAAUCCUCUCAAACAAGGAAGCCGACUACUUUUAUUGCGAGGGGCCGGCAAUUAAAGAUAGUUGGGAACUAGUAUUGAAGAGUAGAAUACUCCAUGGUCGGAUGGAAAAGCGAACUACUGGUCCAGAGGUCCCGACUCAUUCAUCUUCUCCAUCUACUAUCCUUCCCAUCCUUGCGCAGCGGAAACAAUAGUAUGGGUCCUUAUUAGACCUAGACUUGUUCGUUGGCCACUGGAUGUUUCUUCUAGUAUUGACGCUAUUGGAGUACCUAACGCUCUCAUAGAUUGCGAGUCUCUUAGAAAUUUCCGGGGUUUGAUUUACUAGCGCUAAUGUGAAUGAAU